AUGACGGAGGCGCCCGGCCGUGUCACUUGGGAGCCCCCGCCGUUGAGAGAGGAAAGCCCGUCUGAGUCUGAGAACGAGGGGGACACCCACUUGGCGCUCUCAGCUGCCAGCGCCUUGAUUCAUGACAAUGAGGUGCUCGCAGAGCAGCUCGGCGCCUCGGAUGCGGCGCUCUCGGCGGUGCUCGCCGAGGUCCAGAGCCUACGCGCCCAGGCAGCACAGCUCCCCAUGGCUCAGAAUCAGACCAAGCAGCUCAUUGCCUGCCUCUCCGAUGCUUCCGAGCAGCGGGAGGAACUGCUACGGCAGCGGGCGCGCAAAAGCACAAGGAUUGCAGAACUGGUGUCCAUCAUGCACGACUCCUUGGAAUGUUUCGCAGAUCUGCAGCGAGAAGCUUUGGUGGAGGCCAUGGCCACGGAAAAUCAUGCGCUCUGGCGCAUGGUCAAGAUGGCUCAGACGGCAGCCAGCACACCGGUCCGCCCUCCCCCAGUGAUUCGAUGGCCCUUCAUCUCCCGGAGAACGGGGCGGGAGGAGGCAUGUCGGCGGCCGCCGAAAGAGGAGGUGCCCCGCAAUGCUCAGAGUGCCCCACGCGCUGGCGCUGAGCAAGAGCCAGCAGCACCAGCAGUGCCAGCAGCGCCCGUGUUGAAAAUGACGCCCAGCGAAGGUGGGGCAGCGCUGGAGAAGAGUGAAAGGCUUCAAACUGCUCUACUCGCAGCAGAGGAUCUAGAUGAUUCAGACGCAGGUGCUUCUGUGUCCACAGUUGAGGAGCCAGAGAAGCCGACGCAAAUCAUCGAUGAGGUAUGA